AUGCAUCUUACAAACACGACCACCUCUUCUGGGGGUGGCGGCACUACCGGCACCACCUCCACGACCGAAAGUACCCUCCAAGACACGUACACCAAGAUGACGUCAGACAUCUUGGCAGAACGAACACUGAACGACUUCCUUAGUGAACAUCCAGGUGAACUGAUAAGAACGGGAAGUCCCCUAUUUGUGUGCACGGUACUACCUCCUCAUUGGAGGUCGAACAAAACGCUGCCAGUGGCGUUCAAAGUGGUGGCGCUGGGUGACGUUGGUGAUGGUACUGUGGUGACAGUGCGGGCAGGGAAUGACGAGAACUAUUGUGCAGAAUUAAGGAACUGUACGGCGGUGAUGAAGAACCAGGUGGCGAAGUUCAAUGACCUUAGGUUCGUCGGGAGGAGUGGAAGGGGGAAAAGUUUCACUCUAACAAUAAUGGUAUCAACGAGUCCACCUCAAGUAGCAACGUAUAAUAAAGCCAUCAAGGUGACAGUGGAUGGACCUAGGGAGCCAAGGUCAAAAACAAGUGAGUAA